GGAAGCUAUUCUGUACUGAAUCAGCAUGGGAUAGAGUGCCUAGAAGACGUUCAGACCAAGCACAGCUAGCGCGUCCCUGCUGGUUCUCCAUUCUGCAUCCGUGCAGCCACGUUCUAUUGAUGGCCUGUUGUGAUUUCAAUGGAACAUCAUGGGAUGUACCUGGCACGUCGGGCAGCACUGGAUGGAGGUGCCUUUAGCCCAAUGUACCUGGCAUGGUGGUAAGGUGAAGGUGAAAGGAAGAGAAGGUGGAGAUGGAACUGCCAAAUCAUGCCAAACAACUGCUACUGCAGCUGAACCAGCAACGAGCCAAAGGUUUCCUCUGUGAUGUGAUCAUUGUGGUAGAAAAUGCCCUGUUUCGUGCCCAUAAGAACAUCCUGGCAGCCAGCAGCAUGUAUUUCAAAUCCCUUGUCCUGCAUGACAACCUGAUUAACUUAGACACGGACAUGGUGAACCCCACCGUGUUCCGGCAGAUCUUGGACUUUAUUUAUACUGGUAAGCUCUUAACGACUGACCAGCCCGGUGAACAGAACUUUAAUGCUCUCCUCACCGCAGCAAGCUACCUCCAACUGCACGACCUGGCAGCUCUCUGCAGAAAGAAGCUGAAGCGGAAUGGCAAGUCCUUUGCUAGCAAGGCCGGUGGCCUUGGUGUUGGGAGAUCUGCCAGGAGUCAGAGACUUUCCACUGCUUCGGUCAUCCAAGCUCGCUAUUCAGGGUCAAAUGAGGGGUUGAAGGGCUCGCACUCAAAGGAGCUGUCAAAGGGAAAGCUCUCCGAUGACGAGGUCUUCAUCAGCAGCUCCAACCAAGAGAACUGUCACUCCUUAAGCAGGGGAGCCAGUAAGAAUGGCGGUGGGGGCAGCAGUGCGAAUGGGAGCACCGGCGACCAGGAGCUAGGCCUCGACCUGUCCAAAAAAAGCCCAUCACUCCCUGUUGCAGCCUCCCACGAUGACACGCAGCACAGUGAAAGCCAGCAUGGCUCUCCCCAAUCUGCCUCAGCCCCCGCAGCCAACAGUGCCUCAUCGUUCGACGAGUCUGGAGUCGGAGCCCCUCACAGCAUGGCGGACAGCAGCGACCCCAUGGAGAUGGAUCUGAGCGAAGAGUGCCACCACUCAUUGACGGAGAGCAGCCAGCGCAAGGGCCUCCGGCACUCAUCCCGCAAGAAGGAGUGGAUCAAGAAAGACAAUGCCUUUGACCGAAAGGAGGGGGGCAAAGACAGGGACGAGAGUGAAGGGCUGCCCAACGGUAUCCUGCUGGGGCCCUUAUCCAAGUCCGUGGAGCGGAGUCUGGCUGGGGCCUACGGUGCAGACCUACCCUACCCAUGUAAGGAAGAGGUGGAAAAUGGUAAGGAGAACAGUGACGACAGCGGCCAGAGCGAGAGUGAGAGUGGCGGGCAUACUAGUGCCAAUUAUGUCUACCGGCAGGAGGGGUUUGAGCCAGUGGCCUACGGUGACAACCUGUAUGUCUGUAUCCCCUGCGGCAAAGGCUUCCCCAGCUCCGAGCAGCUCAAUGCCCAUGUGGAGACGCACACCGAGGAAGACCUUUACAUCAAGGAGGAAGGCACGUACGGCGGCAAGGAUGAAGCCGAGGAUUUGUCCAAUCCCAACCAGUCCUACGCCGCAGAGUCCCGGCCCUUCAAGUGUUCAGUGUGUGAGAAGAGCUACAAGGAUCCAGCCACGCUGCGGCAGCAUGAGAAGACUCACUGGCUGACGCGGCCCUUCCCUUGCAACAUCUGCGGCAAGAUGUUCACGCAGCGGGGCACCAUGACACGGCACAUGCGCAGCCACUUAGGGCUCAAGCCCUUUGCUUGCGAGGAAUGCGGGAUGCGCUUUACCCGGCAGUACCGACUGACAGAGCAUAUGCGUGUCCACUCAGGAGAAAAACCUUACGAAUGUCAACUGUGUGGUGGGAAAUUUACCCAGCAGCGCAAUCUGAUCAGCCACCUGCGAAUGCAUACCUCUCCCACAUAAGCCAAAGACUCCAGAAUGAGCUUCGAGCCCAUCCGCAGUGAUUUACCUUUCUGUAGACUUGCUGCUUAAAAAAAAA